UUCUCAAGAGAUGCUGCGGGUUUUCAUAUUCCCAAAUAAAGACAAGUACGACGGGGAGUGCAAAAGCACACCCGAGGGUGUGCCCAAGAUGAACGGUCAUGGAGUCCACACCGGUGCCAACGGAACGACGUACGUCGGCAGCUGGAAAAAUAAAAAGAUAAAUGGUACUGGAAAGCUAGAACAUCCUUCUGGGGCAGUUUAUGAAGGUGAGUUCAAAGCCAACAUGUUUCAUGGGGCUGGAACCUACACAUUUCCAAAUGGAGCAAAGUACAUUGGACCGUUCAAUGAAAACAAGAUGGAAAGCAGAGGAGACGUUAUAGAUGAAAAUGGGUGGAGUGGCACAUUUCAUGGCUCAGCAGCAGUGGGACUGAAGCAGAAGUUGAAAAUGUAGCUAUUUGGCACAGACAGUAGCACGGGUUAA